AUGUCUUUCUCUACGCUGAUUUCCGGUGCAGAGUGCGCAACGUCCUCGAAUCCACUCUCCCAAGUCUUGAAGCACACGGAUGUUGAUAACAGUCUCCAACGAGACCGCAUAGGAGUGCCGGGAGGAUCGUCUCUGCAACAUCUGCCUCGAACGGCGAUUCCAGCGGUGAACCAAGCCGACAUGGUGGCUGCGCGGCAGUUUUUCCAACACAAUGGCCCAAUUCCUCAAGGUGGUCCAAUGAUUCACAUGCCCCCAACCCUCUCGACACCUCCACUCCUGUCUCCGGGUACGCCCACAGCCGAUUUUGAGAACUGGCGCGAGCAGCAACACCGAGCAAGCGGGAGCGCGACACCCGAAGUUCUUGCUGGUCUACCUGCUCCGUCUAGAUGGGCAGCUGAUCUCGAAAAGUUUAAGAGCGGGUCUAUACAGGCGCCCAUGACUAAUCAGAUGAUACAGCCUGUACAUGCUGAGAUGCCAGCGUAUAUGCAUCACAUGCCUAUGGCUGGUUACCAGCCUCUAAUGCCGCCCAUGGCGCUGAUGCCCCAAGUCAAAGGCAAGGGUAAAGCAGUCGACCAGGAGCUGGACGCUGCGUUUCAAGAACUGGCACUGCAAUCAAAGUCCGGUACAACUGGAGAAGCGAACGAUCUGGACCAGGUGAUGGACCGGCUUCUAAAGGAGCAAGAAGCAAAGGCUCAAGAACAGCAAACUUUGAGUGACUUUCAACGGGUAUGGCGCGAUAUAAAUGCACAACCGUCAAACGAGACACUGGAGGAAAUGGCAAAGUGGGAAAAGGAGUUUAACGAAGCUAUGGCCGCCGAACGAGAGGAGUUUGAUCAGACCUUUGAACCGCAGAUGAACGCCUCUCUUGCUGGAAUUGACAGGGAUUUUGGACUGGCCACUGAAAGCUUCAAGGUGGACGGAGACGGAAUGCCCGUCCUGGGCCUAUACCCUUUUGAUGAGAAGAAUGAGCAUGCCCGAGACUCUAAAUCCUCGCUGCAAGCAGCAAAGGAUUUACUAAAUGCUGGGGGGUCUCUCAGUGAAGUGGCACUGAUGCUUGAAGCCGCUAUACAGAAUAAAGACUUGGGAGAAGGGGGAUACGAAGCUUGGAUCUUACUUGGAGAGGUUCGGAGUAUGGACGAGAGGGAAGAAUUGGGAAUGUUAGCCCUACGCGAGGGAGUACGAAUUGCCUCUGAAAAUGGAGGUGCUGGUGGGGUGGGAAUGCUGUCACUAGCCAUAUCGUACACCAACGAAGGUUAUGAUCGACCUUCUCAACUACUUCUUCUCAACUGGCUCAAGACACGGUACCCAGAGCAUGCAGCGGGAGUAAACCUACCCAGCACAUUUACCGAGCCAUGGGCUGUCCACGACGUCGUGCAAGAGGCCUUUCUCUCGGUCGCACGUGCUCAACAGCAUGCACCAGAGCCAGAUCCCGAACUUCAAGUGGGCCUUGGUGUGCUCCUUUACAUCAACGGCGAGUUCUCUAAAGCAGCCGACUGCUUCGGUGCAGCCCUUUCGAUGAGACCAGAGGACUAUGUGCUCUGGAAUCGAUAUGGCAGCUGUCUGAGCAACGGCAAUAAGCCGGAAGAGAGCUUGGCGGCGUAUCGAGAAGCUCUAAGGCUAAGACCACAGUACACACGGGCAAUGUACAACGUUGGUGUUGCGUGUCUCAAUCUUGGAGCAUUGAAAGAAGCAGCGGAACACUUCUUGAGCGGCCUCGCAUUGCAGGGAGACGAAGGGAGCAGCGGCCCGACCAAGCGCAGUGAGCAGCUUUGGGCGACGCUACGUCGUACAUUGAUCGCAAUGGAUCGCGCAGAUCUCGCGGACAAAGCGAGAGAUGGGAACUUGCAAUUGUUCAAGGCAGAAGGUUUCGAGUUCUGA